AUCUUCUGAAAACCCUACAUUGCCCGCAAACUCCGUGCUUCGCCGCUCCGGGUUUUCAGAGAUGAAGGUGAUUGCUGCAUACUUGCUCGCUGUUUUGGGAGGCAACGCCAACCCUACCGCCGAUGACUUGAAGGAUAUUCUCGGAUCAGUUGGGUGUGAGGUUGAGGAGGAUAGGAUUGAGUUGCUCUUGUCCGAAGUCACGGGUAAAGAUGUUGUGGAGCUAAUUGCAGCUGGAAGGGAAAAGUUGGCUUCAGUUCCAUCUGGUGGUGGUGCCGUCGCUGUUGCUGCUCCUGCAGCGGCUGCUGGUGGUGGCGGUGCUGCCCCUGCUGCUGCUGCUGAGACCAAGAAGGAGGAGAAGGUGGAAGAGAAGGAGGAGUCUGACGAUGAUAUGGGUUUCAGUCUUUUUGACUAAAAGGUCUGCUUUCGUCCCUGUAUCAAGGCAUCUCAUCUGCAGUUAGGGGUUACCUUCAAACAUUACAAGUUUUAUGUUGAAGUUUUUAAGACUGUAGGUGGACAUGGAUUUAGAUCUUAUUUGAACUUUGGAAGUUUUGUUCAGAUAAUGAAGUGAAUUUUGAAAAUUUUUGUUAUAGUUGAUUAUUUUCAGAUGUCGUUGCUCAAGUAUUUGCCAAUUAUUGAGAUUGGAUCCUGAUUCAACCUUUAUUUCUGCAUAAAUUGCAUUUGACUAU